AUGAGUUCCGUGUCUUUAGAUGAAUUGACAGAAUUUAUUGACAACUUAUUGCGUUUACCAUCUGCGGCUGGAAUUGAUGAAUAUUUGAAUAAUUUUUUAAACAGCUUUUCCAAUGAUACAAUUUUUGUUAUAAAAUACCCAACAGAAUAUGACAUAACGAACGACUUGAAUUCUAUAGCUUCUUUAGAUGAGGUGAGAACCAUAAUAAUUAUUGUUAAAUUGGCAGGAAAAUUGAGUUCAACGAAUAAUUUGAACGUAAUAAACAUCCCAACAGUUCAUGGCGGGGAAUCAUCUUCUAAUGAGUUACUAGAAAACAUAAGAUCCAUAAUAAACUUUGGUAUUUCACCAUAUUUUAAUUUAGUUUCUAACAAGGAUAAUACUAAUUUAAUCAAUAAUGCCAAAAACAAAUUCAGUGAAUUAUCUUUAUCCUUACAGCAUUUACAACAAAAAAUCCAAAUUCCAGAUUUACUUAUUUCGUGCCAUCCAAAAGUUUCACAGUUGAUUGAAGGUGAACAAAUUCAAUCCAUUACAAGUUUGAAUCACACUCCCACGGAUGGCGAUUCAAUAAUAGAUGAAAUCCAAUUUUGGAAGUCAAUGGAACUAGCUUUAAUAUCUUUAGAUAGACAGAUAUCUUCUUCGGAAAUAAAAACAUCAAUUGAACUAUUGAAUAAAUGCAAGAGGUUUCAUAUAACUUUGACCUUUCAGAACAAUAUUGGAUUGAAUGAUAAAUUAUUACAAACCAAGUUAUACAAUUCUUUGUUAAAGGAUUUACCUAUUGAUGACUUGCUUUUAUCUACUAAUGAAAAAUUCAGCUUACAAUACUUCGAGGAAAUUAUUAAUAGUAUCUUCGGCCAUUUCAAAAAAUUGAAAAAUUUAAGUUCGUUCUCAUUGACUAGAGCUAUUCAACUAAUCGAAGUUAUACUUAAUGACAUAAGUAAUAAAUUAGCGCUGAUAUUAAUUGAUUAUAACUUAAUGACCAUUCCAUUGCAAGAAUUUCUCAGCAUUUACAACGAUUUAAUUUUGAAGAUUUUCAACAUAAUUGAUAAUAAUAUUAAGUUUAUAAUUAACCUAUUCAGAGAGUUAUUAAGAAAGAGACAGGAAAAGUUUUUCAUCAUUAAGAUUACUCAACUUCAGUUUGACAAUUUGAAAAACCGUACCAAAAUAUGGUAUGACUUUCGUUUAAAACAUAAUGAUUUAUUAAUAAUGUUGAAUACUUUUCUCGAGGAUUCUACAGAAUUCUCCCAUAAAUUAACAAACGCAUAUAACAAUUAUAUUAUUCCUUGCAAUCUUUUGGAUUUGUCAUUACAGAGUUUCAAGGUUUGGUCAAAUAACGAGAAUUUAUAUCUAUCAAUUUACCAAAAUUUAGAAUCAUUAAUUAUUGCCCAGCUUAAUGAUUAUUUCAGCAAGUGCGACAACUUCAACGAUUUUAUAUCGGUAUUUAGUAAAUUCAAAAUAUCGACUGCAAUUUCAAAUCACUUGUUGCAUCUAAUUAACGACGAAUUCAAAUUGAAAAUAUUAUCAAAAGCAAAUCUGGAGAUUGAGAGCUUGAUUAAUUUGAAUGUCAAUCAAAGCAGCAGGUUGGUCGAUACUAUAAAUAAAAGUAUUAUUAAUGGUAGUCAUAAUCACGAUUCUUCUGUUGUUGCACAAAUAACCUGGAAUAUUAGUUUGUCGAAUAAACUAAAUUCCUAUUUGUUAAUAUUGCAUAGUUUACUUGGCUCUAACUGGAAUCAAUAUUCGAUUGGAAAUGAAAUAUAUUCCAAGAUAAAUAAAUUGAUCGAGCGUUUAGACACGAAAGAUUUAUUUCAGAAUUGGAUGGAUGAAGUGACGAAAACAGAUAUCAACUAUUUACCAGGUUCAAUUUUAAAGAUCACACCAACUCCAAAACUUGACAUCAAUGUAAAUUUUGAUUUCAAAUUAAUCGAAUUAUCUGAGCAACUGAAGCAAUUAACUAAUUUAGGGUUUGAUGUUCCUAUUAAUUUACUAAUUCAAUUUCAGAAAAUAGAUAAGGUGUAUUCUUUUCUUCGUGGAUUGAUUGAGCAUAUAAAUAUUUUGAAAAAGAUUGUAAAAUUUGAUUUACUAGAAACAGCGUUUGGACAGAAGUUUGGAUUCUUAGUUGAGAAUCAAAAAUUGAAGAUUCUAAACAUGCUCCCCCAAAUUGUUGAAAUUAAUUGGAUCCACUUAUCUCAAGCCUUUGACUUACAGCAUAUACCUAACGACAAUACCCUUAAUGGAUCGGAAAACUUGAUAGAAAUUGUUUCCUUAAAUAAUCUAACUACAUUUCAAAAUGAUAUUUACAAAUUUUACAUCCAGGUUAAUAGCCUUGAAAGACUAUAUGAUUUUAUCUAUCAUGAUAUUUAUUCUGAAUUGGAACAAUGCGAUUACGAUUUUAAAGUGAUCAACGAGCUUAUUAAAUCAAUACAAUCUGAAGUCGUUAAGCUCUCUUUUGAUAACUUCACUGAAAUAGGCCUUUUAUGCAAUUUGAUAAAUGAGGAUUUGUUGAAUAUUCUAGUUAAAAAAUGUGAAAAGCAAUUAACAUUAUUGAGCGCCGACUUAAAUGGUAUUGAGCAAGGAGAAAAUAUUCCGUUAUUUGAAAAGUUUGAUCACUCUAUUUUAUUGAAAGACCAAUCCUUUUUAGUAUCACCACCCCUAGAGCAGACCAAACAACUCUUAUAUAAGAAAGCAAACCAAACGCUUUCAGUGAUAGAAACACAAGCUAUUGUACAAUUACAAAAUAAUGGUGAAAUUAAAUUCUCCUGUUUGAGUUUUUCAAAUGAAAUCCUCACGUCUGCUGUUUCUAAAUUUAUUGUUGUCAUUGAUGAUUUAUACAAGGAGUCAGAAAUAUACUUUCAGAAGUGGAUCACUUUACAAAAUAUUUGGGAAUUGAAUUUGAAUUCGAAUGAAGACUUAACAAAGUUAGUACCCAAUUUUAAAGAUCUUAAUUGUUGGCUAGAUGCAACUGACAAAGUUCUUAGACUAAGACAGAUUUUUGAUAAUUCAGAUAAAUUUGCAAAAGUUGGCAAUAAAAUCUAUAUUGAUUUUACAAAAGUUCAAUCCAGAGUUAAUUUAAAGUUUGACGCUUUUCAAAAUGAACUAAUGAAGAAGUUUGGUGAUUUCUACCAGGAAAGGCUAAUGAAGCAAAAUACUGAAUUUAUUGAUGCAAAAAAAGUAUUAGAAGGAAGUCUUAGCUUCCAAGAAAGUUUCGAAAAAACGAUUAUUCAUAUUGAUCAAUUUUUAAAAUUCAAGAGUAAUUUGACUUUCUGGCAAGAUCAAUUGUCUAUUUUAUACAAGGGCCAAAAACUACUUAUCAAGCAAAGAUUUAAAUUUUUAAAGAACUGGAUAUAUGUUGAACAACUUGAGAAUAAUUUUGCGAUUGUCUCAAAUUUGAUUGAUAAAAAGCAACGAAGAAUCACAGAUAACUACGAAAUAAUUGAAUCAAAGUUGAUAUCUGAGUCAAUAAGAUUAAAUGAUCACGUAGGAGUAAUAUUUAAUGAUUGGUCUAAGAAGAAACCAAUUGGUGGAAGUCUAAAUCCUUCUCUUGCAAUCAAUACUUUGAAUAAUUUUGAAGAAUCUUGCGUUUCGUUAAUAUCAAAAAUUAAUACAGUUAGGGCUGUUGGUGAUGGUUUGAGCAUUCCACUUAAGAGCAUUGAAGAAUUGACUGGUGUUUUGGGAGAAGCGAAAGACCUCAAGUCGGUUUGGUCCUCAAUCAAUACAUUAUGGGAGACUCUUAACAGAAUAAAUUCUACAAAGUGGAAAGAUAUUCAACCACGUAAUUUACAUCGUCAAUUAGAUGAGUUAUUAAGCAACUCAAGAACACUACCGUCAAAAAUACGUCAAUAUUCGGCAUUUGAUGAAAUACAAAAUACCAUUAAAUCAUAUUUGAAGAAUUUUUCGUUUAUCAACAAUUUAAAAGCAGAUUCUAUGAAGUCCCGUCAUUGGGAUAUGAUAUUGAAUAAAUUAGGGUUUUCUGAUUUAUCUUACGAUAUUUUGACAGUUGGAAAUAUUUGGAGUUUGAAUUUCGUUGUCAAUGAACAAGUCAUCAAAUCUGUUUUGAAGCAGGCUAAUAACGAACAAACUAUUGAAGACAAUAUAAAGAAGAUAAAAUCUGAUUGGUCCAUGCUUUCCUUUGAAAUGUUCAAUUAUAAUAAUAAAAGCAGAUUGAUUAGGAAUUGGGAUACCCUAUUUGACCAAUGUAAUGGUGACAUCAAUUCGUUGUCUAGUAUGAGAAACUCACCAUAUUACAGUAAUUUUGAGCAAGAGAUAAUUGGUCUAGAAGAUACCUUGAAUAAAUUAUCUGUUCUAUUAGAUACGUGGAUUGACGUUCAACGUCAAUGGGUGUAUUUAGAUGGUGUUUUUAGUAACGAAAACAAUGAUAUUAGGAACGUCUUACCUAUUGAGUUCACAAGAUUCGGAAAUAUAACAUUUCAGUUUUUCAACAUAUUGAAAAUAAUUUAUAAAUAUUCUUUAGUAAUUGAAGUAUUGUCUAUCCCAGAUAUCCAGUCCAUAAUGGAAAAAGCUUUAGAUGGAUUGAUUAAAGUCAGAAAAUCUUUGACCGAAUAUCUCGAAAAGCAAAGGGAAUUAUUUCCUAGAUUUUACUUUAUUGGAAAUGAAGACUUAUUAGAAAUAAUUGGAGGUUCAAUUGAUAUAGUUAAUAAGCAUUUAAAGAAGAUGUUUAUUGGAAUAUCCCAUGUUGAUUACGAUGAAGGUUCUUGUCUAAUAAUUGCUAUCAAUAGUGAGCAAGGUGAAAAGGUUAAAUUAUCUAACCCAGUUUCACUUAUUAAAUUUCCUCGAAUUAAUGAAUGGUUGAAAGAGCUUGAAUUAGAGGUACGGCUCACUUUGUCUAAUUUAACCAAAAAUACUCUUGCAGAAUUUAAAGUCUUUUAUGAAAGCUUUGAUAACCUAGGGGAAAUGAAACUAUUCGAUUUAAUUGAUCCAAUUCCUGCCCAAAUAUGCACGAUAGCAUGCCAGAUUCUUUUUACAGAGUAUACUAGAACAGCCGUUGCUGCUAAAGAGUUGCUGAUUUGUUUCGAUAAUUGCUGCAAAGUAAUACAAAAAUUGACGCUGCAUAUAUCUUCGAAUCUUGCAGUUAUUCAGAGGUUGAAGAUAGAACAUUUGAUCAUUGAAUUUAUACAUCAGAGAGAUAUUAUCACAUCACUAAUUAAUUCGAAGUCUCAUUCUGAGUCUUUAUUUAUAUGGAAUACUCAACAAUUGUUUUAUUAUGAUUUAAAAUCAAAUGAUCUAUUAAAUAAUUUGAAAGUAAAGCAGUCGAAUACUGAAUUUACGUAUGGAUUUGAAUAUUUAGGACUUCCUGAAAAGUUAGCAUAUACACCUUUAGUCGAUAAAUGUUUCUUAUCUAUGACUCAAGCGUUAGAUCAAAAACUUGGAGGUUCUCCAUUUGGUCCAGCAGGGACAGGUAAAACUGAAACAGUUAAAGCACUUGGGAAUAAUUUGGGGAAGAUGGUUUUAGUAUUUUGCUGUGACGAAUCCUUCGACUUUCAGUCCAUGGGGCGUAUUUUCUUGGGUCUUUGCAAGGUAGGAUGUUGGGGUUGUUUUGAUGAAUUUAAUAGAUUAGACGAGCAUAACUUGAGUGCUGUUUCUUCACAGAUUGAAAAUAUUGAGUUGGGAUUAAGCAACCCAAAUGACUUAAUUGAAAUUUCAGGUAAAAAGAUUAAUAUCAAUCCUGAAACAGGCAUUUUUGUCACAAUGAAUCCUGGAUAUGUUGGUAGAUCUGAAUUGCCUGAAAACUUAAAAAAAUUGUUUAGAAGCUUUUCAAUGGAGAAACCGGAUCUAGAAAUCAUCGUGGAAGUAUUGCUUACUUCACAAAGUUUUAUUUAUUCUAAGAAGUUGGCGUCUAUUAUUGUUCCAUUUUUUUCAGAACUUUCAAAAUUAUCAUCUAACCAGUCUCAUUAUGAUUUUGGUCUCAGAGCUUUGAAAAAUACAUUAGUUAAAUGUGGUUUAAUUAAACGCUCAUUAGAUGAUAAUCUCAGUAAUGAUGAAGGCUUUGAGAAUAAGCUAAUUUUACAAAGCAUAAAAGAAACAAUAACUCCUAAAUUAAUUAAGCAAGAUGAAUUAAUUUUAAAUGAUUUGCAAGAUAAAUACUUUCCAAGUGUUAUUUAUGAUACACAUGAUAACUCCAAAUUUAUAGCUCAACUUCACAAAUAUGGAAAGGAAAAUGGGUUAGUAAUAUCAGAAAAUUUUAUAACAAAAGCAUUGCAAUUGUAUCAAAUUCAAAAUAGUCAUCAUGGUAUCAUGCUAGUUGGAGAUUCGGGUUCAAGUAAAUCUACAAUUUGGAAACUGGUUUUGAAAUCCAUGUCAGAGAUAGAAAAUGUCGAUAACCUGUCGUUCAUUAUUGAUUGCAAAGUUAUGUCCAAAGAAAGUAUCUAUGGUUCCUUAGAUUUGGUAACUCGCGAUUGGACUGAUGGUUUAUUUACAAGUAUCCUAAGAAAAAUUAAAAACAAUUUAAGAGGUGAAUUAUCUAAAUAUAUUUGGAUUGUGUUUGAUGGUGAUAUUGAUCCAGAAUGGGUUGAAAACCUUAAUAGUGUUUUAGAUGAUAAUAGGAUCUUAACGUUGCCAAAUGGUGAACGUCUCCCAUUACCCCAAAAUUUGAGAAUAGUCUUUGAAGUCGACAACUUAAAAUACACAACACCUGCAACCAUUAGUAGAUGUGGUAUGGUUUGGUUUGACUCAUCGUUAGUUUCAACCGAUAUGUUAUUUAAAAAGUUAUUAUUUGAAUUGUCUUCAACUCCAAUCCAAAUUAUAGAUGAUAUAAUGACCGACAAUGAGAAUGUUAAUCCAAUAUACAAUCAAUUGAUUGAUCAGAUUGUUCAUAUUAUAGAUUACAACGAUUUGAAUGUAAUCAUAAAUGAAUCUGAAAAACUCAAUCAUAUUAUGAAUUUCACAAUUAAUAGAUCGUUGGAAACUUUCUUCACAUUGCUUAAAUCAUAUUGUCGCCGUUUCAUUAUCUACUCGUUGAAGAACAAGGAUAUCCCGGUAGAUAAUUCGAGCAAAUAUAUCGUGAAAGCCAUUGUAUUGUCAUUUAUAUGGGCUUUUGCUGGUGAUUCGCCACACGAAGAGAGGGAAGGAUUUAGCAAGAUAGUAAUGCGUUUAAGUUCAUUUGGCGAACUACACAGAAUUGAAGAUAAACAAGGAGUUGAUAACUAUCUCGAUUAUGAUAUAACUCUUCCAGAAUGUGAAUGGCAAAAUUGGAAUACCAAAGUUCAAAAUAUAGACCUCGAGCCACAGCAUGUUACUAAUCCAAGUACCGUCAUUCCAACGUUGGAUACUAUUAGGCAUGAGAAUUUGAUAUACUCUAUUUUGAAUGAACAUAAAUCCUUAUUACUAUGCGGUCCACCAGGCUCCGGUAAGACAAUGACCUUGUUAGAAGCUUUGAGAAAAUCACCGAAUUUAGAUGUCCUAUCACUUAACUUUUCAAAGGAUCUGACACCUCAGUCUCUCAUGAAGUCAUUAGAGCAUUAUUGUUAUUACAAAAAGACUAACACUGGUGCUAUUCUUACCCCCAAAAUCAAUGGCAAAUGGGUUGUAGUUUUCUGUGACGAGAUCAAUUUGCCAGGAUUUGACAAGUAUGGUACACAAAGGGUUAUCUCCUUAAUACGUCAAAUGAUUGAACAUAAAGGUUUUUGGAAUACCAAGGAAAAUCAAUGGGUUAAAUUAAAAAAUAUCCAAUUUGUUGGUGCUUGUAAUUCGCCUAAUGAUCCAGGUCGUAAUAAGCUAUCUGAUCGUUUCUUACGACAUGUAUCCUUAAUAAUGGUUGAUUAUCCUGGAAAAGAUUCUUUAUAUCAAAUUUAUCAUACAUUUAAUCUAGCUAUUAUAAAAUGUGCACCUAACCUUAGAGGAUAUACAACAUCCCUUACAGAUGCUAUGAUUGAAGUAUAUUUGCAGACAAAGCAAAAGAUGACACCUGCUUUACAAGACCAUUAUAUUUACUCUCCCCGUGAAUUAACUCGAUGGUGCAAGGGCAUACUUGAAGCAUUGAAAGUAUCAGAAUAUUCAAACUUGCAGGAUUUAGUCCGAUUAUGGUACCAUGAAGGGUUGAGGCUUUUUUAUGAUAGGCUUGUAUGCGACUCGGAUAGGGUUUGGACAAAAGAAUUUUUCAGAAGUGUUGUGUUAAUGCAAUUCCCUAAUGUGGAUAUUCAAUCCACACUAAAGGAACCUGUCCUUUAUUCAAGUUGGUUAACAGGAGUGUAUGAGUCCAAUAAUGAACAUGAACUUAGGUCAUUUCUUACAGAAAGACUUCGAGUUUUCAGCGAGGAAGAAAUUGAAGUCGAUCUAGUAUUAUAUGAAGAUCUAUUAGAUCAUUCGCUAAGAAUAGAUCGAGUAUUAAAACAACCGCAAGGCCACAUGAUAUUGGUGGGACCCUGCACUAGUGGUAAAACGACACUCACGAAUUUUGUUGCAUGGGUAAACGGUCUAAAAGUCAUUCAGCUAAAUGUGAGCAAAAAUUAUAGUUUGCUUGAUUUUGAUGCAACUUUAAGACACAUCCUCUUAAGAUGUGCAACAGGAGAGAAGAUAUGUUUUAUUAUUGAUGAAUCAAGUAUUCUAGAAACGUCUUUUGUUGAACGUAUGAAUACCUUACUUGCCAAUGCAGAAAUACCUGGUUUAUUUGAAGGAGAUGAAUUCAAUAAUUUAAUGAAUUUGUGUUCCGAACAGGCACAUUCACAAAGUUUGCUAUUGGAUUCGAAUGAAGAACUUUAUGAUUGGUUCACCAAGCAGAUUUCUGAAAAUUUACAUGUUAUAUUCACACUUAAUGAAAUGAAAAAUGUAAACAGACCUCAGGUUGUUUCUUCGCCAGCAUUGUUCAAUAGAUGUGUCCUAAGCUGGAUGGGUGAUUGGUCGAAUAUAUCAUUACGUGAUAUAGUAUCGACAUUAAUUGAUCCAGUUCCUCUUGAUAUUUCAAGUUAUGUUGUACCUGAUUCUUUUGAACUGUUUGGGUCUUCGAAAAUUUUGGGAUUUAGGGAUGUGAUUAUUGAUACGCUUAUUUAUUUCCAUCGUCUUGAGAUUGACUAUGAAGCAAAGUUUCCUUUGAAGAAUCCUCCUAGCAGAAUUAUGUCUUUCGUUACAGAAUUCAUUAACAUUUUUAACGAAAAGCAAUUUAACUUAGAGGAAACCCAACGACACAUUACAAAUGGCUUAGACAAAUUAAGAGAGACAGUAUUGCAAGUGAAUGAUUUAAAACGAAAUCUCUCGGAAAAGAAAAACUAUUUGACAAUUAAAGAUAAAGAAGCAAAAGCAAUGCUAAGCAAAAUGCUCACAGAACAGAACGAGGCAGAACGCAAACAAGAAUUUUCAGUGGCAACUCAGGAGGAGCUUGCUAAACAAGAAAUUGAAAUAGAAAGACGUAAGGUGAAAGUGACAAAAGAUUUAGAACUUGCAGAACCGGCUGUUCUAGAGGCUCAAAGGGGUGUUCAGAAUAUAAAGAAACAACAUCUUACUGAAAUUAGAAGUAUGUCUAACCCUCCUGCAGCUGUCAAGAUGACAAUGGAAUCUGUUUGUAUUUUGAUUGGUUAUGAGGUAUCAAGUUGGAGAGAUGUUCAAUUAAUUGUGCGUCGUGACGAUUUUAUCUCAAACAUAGUAGCUUACGAUAAUGAACUGCAAUUGACCCCCAAUAUUAGAGAAUAUAUGGAAAAAACAUAUCUAUCUAGAAGUGAUUACAAUUUUGAUGCUGUUAAUAGAGCAAGUAAAGCAUGUGGCCCAUUGUUACAGUGGAUUCAAGCACAACUUACUUACUCUACUAUAUUAGAAAAGAUUGGGCCACUUAGAGAGGAAGUUCAUCUUUUGGAGCGUCAAAAGAAAAAAACGAAAGCUCAAUUGAUAGCAAUUGAUGAAAUGAUUCACGAAUUGGAAUCAAGCAUUGAUCAGUAUAAGGAAAACUAUAGCUCCUUAAUUAGAGAAGCAGAAAAUAUCAAAUCUGAAAUGAAGGUUGUAGAGUCAAGAGUCAAUCGAAGCUUGAAGUUGGUUGAUGAUUUGACUGCAGAAAGAGAAAGAUGGAAAUUAAGCAUUAAUAAGUUCGGCGAUCAAAGGGAACGUUUGGUUGGAAAUGGCAUUUUAACGGCAGCCUUUUUAGUCUACGCUGGUGCUUUCGAUCAAAAGGGCCGGAGUAUUCUUAUGAAAGAAUGGACAGAUAGAUUAAGAUCUUGUGGUAUUAGUUUUGACGAAGGUAUCUCAGUUACGGGAUACUUAACCGGAGGAGAUGAAAUGUUAAUCUGGGAACAAAAUGGUUUACCUAAUGAUGAUUUAAAUAUAGAAAACUUUACAAUAAUGAAAAGGUCGAAAAUACCUAUAAUUAUUGAUCCACCGUCAAAGAUACCGGCAAUACUAUCGAAAUCGUAUAAGCCAAAGAAAUUACGUAUUACUAGUUUCCUAAAUGAUGGAUUUGUGAAGCAAGUUGAAAAUGAAAUAAGGUUUGGAGGAACUUUAUUAAUCCAAGAUGCGGAAUAUUAUGAUCCAGUUCUUGAUCCAGUUUUGAGACACGAGAUUUAUAGAAAUGGCGGUCGUACGAUGAUAAAACUUGGGAAUCAAGAAAUAGAUUUUUCACCCGAAUUCAAGCUAAUCUUACAUACAAGAGACUCACUGAUUGUGAUGUCGCCAUUCGUUACUGCAAGAACAUCUAUAGUUAAUUUCACUGUUACAACAGGCAGCCUUGAGAACUUAAUUCUCAACACCACAUUACAGAAUAAAAGACCAGACAUAGAGGCUAAGAGGCUCGAGCUGGUUUCCUUACAAGGUCGAUACUUAGUUCGUUUGCACGAGCUUGAGGAACAACUCUUGAAUUCAUUGAGCGACUCUAGUGGAAAUAUCCUUGAUAAUGAUAAAGUUAUUGAGACAUUGGAAGUAUUGAAGGCAGAGGCUAGUGAUAUAGAUGUUAAAAUCAGCGAAUCAAGUAACGUCAUGAGGUUAGUGGAAAGCGAACGAAACAAAUAUUACGAUAUUGCAAAACAUUCAUCAGCAAUUUUUAGAAUCUUCAAGCAAAUGAGUAGACUAAACAAGUUAUACCAUUUUUCACUUGAUGCGUAUAUUUCAACUUUUUCUUAUGUCUUAGAAGGGAAUCCGAAUGAAAUUGAAGUCUCUUCUUUUAUUAAAGAAUUGUACAGAGAAUCAUAUUCUAGAAUUGCACCAUCAUUAAAACAUUUGGAUAAGCUAGUAUUUGCUAUCGCUUUGAGUGCUAGCUUUUAUGCUUUAGAAAUUGGAAACCAAUUCAAAACCGCAUUUCUUGAAAUUUUGAAAUCUGUUGGAGGUGGUGAAUACGUGGAAUCAUUGAAUAUUAUUUUCGAUUCUAUGUUGGUAUCCUACGAGAAGAUUGAUUGUUUGACGAAUACAACAAUAGAUCGUAUCAUUUCUGUAAACAGUGAAAAUGAUUCGUUAAGCAUUUUGUCUAAUAUUAUUAGAUCAUUAAUAAUCUCCAAUAACGAUAAACGAGAUUCAUUCUUGGAUUCCUUCAACAAUUUGGCUUCAUUUUUGUUUACAGGUAUUGGCCCUAAUAGCUCUAAAUAUGAUUUGAAAGACUGGGUAUCAACUCCAGUCAAACAUGAUGGACCAUUAAUUUUGGCCUCGCUUGAAACGUAUGAUGCAACCUACAAAGUCGAACAAUUGGCGCAUCGUAUGAAUAAGAAAUUAAUAAUUGUAUCAAUGGGAUCAAAAGAAGGUAUUGAAAUAGCGAAUAACGAGAUCGGUAUUGCUGCUAAGAAUGGAUUCUGGAUAUUGAUUCAAAAUGUCCAAAUGUCACCAACAUGGCUAAGUUACCUAGAUAAAAGAUUAGAAUCUUUAUCAGCACAUGAAAACUUUAGAAUAUUCUUGAGUUGUAAUUUGUCGUCGGAUAUUCCAGCUGCAAUGAUUAAUAAAUCUAAAAUACUCAUAUUCGAAAAUGAGCCAGGAUUAAAGAGUAUAGUAAAUGAAACUUACAAUUCGAUACAACAUGAAGUUCUCGCUAAAAAUACGAGUGAAUACAAUCACAUAUGCUUUUUGUUAUCUUGGUUCCAUUCUAUCCUUCAAGAAAGAUCGAGAUAUGCACCUAUGUCAUUUGCGAAGAAGUACGAUAUAAAUGAUUCAGAUUUUGCUUCUGGUCUUCACUACCUUGGGAAGAAUUAA